AUGGAUAGCAGACCCCCGCAGCGGAGCUCUUUUCAGCGGCUAGAGAAACUCGGUGAAGGCACCUAUGCGACCGUUUAUAAAGGGAGAAACCGGCAAACUGCUCAGAUGGUAGCUUUGAAAGUGAUCCAUCUGGAUUCGGAAGAGGGUACUCCAUCCACUGCAAUUCGCGAGAUCUCCCUGAUGAAAGAACUAAAACAUGAAAAUAUCCUAUCUCUAUAUGAUAUAAUUCAUACCGAAAACAAGCUGAUGCUUGUUUUCGAGUUCAUGGACAAAGACUUGAAAAAAUACAUGGAAGUGCGAAACAACCAACUGGAAUGUGCCACUAUCAAAGAUUUCAUGCACCAAUUACUGCGUGGCGUUGCAUUUUGUCACCAUAAUCGUAUCCUGCAUCGAGAUCUCAAGCCGCCAAAACCUGUUGAUUAA